AUGGACCAGUUCACCCAGAUGAAAAGGUGCACGCCACAGCUACUCCCCACCCUUGCCCUCUCCCUUCUGGUGUGUCUUAGUUUCGUCUCCCCCCUACCUACAACGGAGCCCCCACUGUUUGACGGUUAUCCCUUUGUGGGUAUAUGGAAUGCCCCGACCCCUGCAUGCAAGAGGCUGGAGAUCCCACUGGACACCUGGUCCUUCAAGGCAGUGACCACGCCUGCUGCUGUUCCUGGUCAGUUCCUCACCCUGUUCUACUCUGACCGCCUGGGCCUGUACCCUUACGUUGACCCCAACCACCAUCGCCAGUUCAAUGGCGGCAUCCCCCAAAAGGGCAACCUGACGGCCCACCUUAUUAAGGCCUAUGGUGACAUCAAUCAGUAUAUCCCCUCUUACACAACCCCGGGUCUGGCUGUCAUUGACUGGGAAGAAUGGCGCCCCCUGUGGGACAGAAACUGGGGGUCCAAGGAUAUUUACCGUCAACUGUCCAUCGCCUACGCUCGAGAGAAGGACCCCUCUUUGUCCCCAUCACAAGCAACCACUGAGGCCAAGAAGCAGUUUCAGACUGCAGCCCGCAAGUACAUGGAGGGAACAAUGAUGCUAGGUAUCAGCCAGCGGCCCAUCCAGCAAUGGGGGUUCUAUCUGUUCCCCGACUGCUACAACUAUGGCUGGGAGAAGCCAGACUACACAGGGCAGUGCUCCGACAAGACCAAGAGCCAGAACGACGAGCUUCUGUGGCUUUGGGAGUCCAGCACGGCUCUAUACCCUUCAAUCUACCUGCCUGCAUCGCUGAACAACAGCUCUAAGGUGGCGCUCUUCGUCCGAAACCGCGUUCAGGAGGCAGUGAGGGUGGCAGCUCUGCCCAAACGCCCCUACACUGUGCCCAUCUAUGUGUACUCACGCCCACUCCUUUCUGUCAUACUGUAUGUCUGUCAUUCCCAGGAGGAUCUGAUCAGAAGUAUUGGAGAAAGUGCAGCAUUGGGGGCCUCCGGGUCAGUGCUCUGGGGGGCCAGUGCCGACUAUACUGACAAGGCUUCAUGUGAAGCAUUAUCCACAUACCUGACCUCCACCCUCAACCCAUACAUCGCUAACGUGACCGCUGCCACCAAACUCUGUAGUGACGUCCUUUGCCAGGGCAAUGGCCGCUGUGUCAGAAAGGACUACAACUCCAAUGACUACCUCCACCUGAACCUGGACAACUUCCGCCUCCUAAAGUCCCAGGGGAAGUUCGUGGCCAUCGGAAUACCCUCCUCCGCUGACCUCCUCACUUUAGCAGACAAGUUCACCUGCCAGUGCUACACAGGCAGGUUGGUGAGUAAGACGUUGGAGAAUGCAGUGUCCCAGCAGAUGCAGGAAAACUUCUUCCCCUUCCCUUGCCUCAGCGGCCUUGGUCCCAUCUGUCCAUAG